GGGGCGCUUGCGGUCAUCAGCCGGUGACAGUGAGGGACCGGUACGGGGAGCGGUUUCCUGUGGAGUACAGCGAGGGCACACCGAUAGUACGGAGCGAUGGCCGCCUGCAGGCUCCUCACCCUGUGUCUGCUCACACUGCUACAUCUACUCAGCAAGGUCUCUUCCCAACAUUGUGUCUGGUAUGGAGAGUGUCCAAUGGGGGAUAAGUACAACUGUGAAUACCUGGGACCUCCAAAACCCCUUCCUGAGGAGGGGCAUGAACUACUUCAGCAACUAUGCCCAUCCUUAUACUAUGGAAAUGUCACUUUGUGCUGUGAUGUAGACCAGCUCAACACUCUGAACAACCACCUGCAGAUUCCCUUACAGUUCUUGUCCAGGUGUCCUUCUUGCUUCUAUAAUCUCAUGACUCUGUUUUGUGAGCUGACCUGCAGUCCUCGACAGUCUGAGUUUCUUAAUGUUACGAGCACCAUACCGUAUAACGGCACAGAUCCACACAAAGGGAACAAAAGCAUUACAGCCAUGGAGUAUUUCAUAGGGCAGAGUUUUGCAAAUGCAAUGUACAAUGCUUGCAAAGACGUGGAAGCCCCAUCAACGAACGUAAAAGCCUUGGGUUUAAUGUGUGGUGGGAGAACUGCAAAAGACUGUAAUGCCACUAACUGGAUCGAGUACAUGUUCAACAAGGACAAUGGACAGAUUGCUUUUACCAUCACUCCCAUAUUUUCCGAUGAGCCCUUCCUCCAUAUGAUCCCGAUGAAUAAUGCAACCAAAGGAUGCAACGAGUCAGUGGAUGAAGAUGGCGCCCCCUGCAGCUGCCAAGACUGUACAAUGGUGUGUGGUGAUAGACCUGCACCUCCACCACCUCCACAGCCGUGGCUGAUAUGGGGUUUUGAUGCAAUGGCUGUCAUCAUGUGGAUAUCCUAUGUUGCCUUUUUAUUACUCUUCUGUGCAGUUGUCAUUGGAGCUUGGUGCUACAGGAAAAAGAAUAUUGUCUCAGAAUAUGCCCCAAUUGACAGCAGUUUAGCCUAUUCAGUUAACGCCACUCCUAUAGCAGGCGAGCCUUCAUGCUGUGACAGAAUUGGAGAGCGGCUGGAGAACUGUCUGCGAGUAGCAUUUACAAAAUGGGGAUCCUUCUGCGUCCGAUACCCCUGGACUGUUAUCUUCUUCUCCCUUGUUGUUAUUGCUGCAUGCUGCACUGGGCUGAAGUAUAUGCGUAUUACUACAGACCCUGUGGAGCUGUGGUCCGAUCCACACAGUCAGGCUCGAAAAGAGAAGGAUUAUUUUGACACACACUUUGGACCUUUCUUCCGCACAGAGCAGCUGAUCAUCACUGCUCCCUACAGUAAGGGAGAAACUUUUUCUCCAUAUCCUUUUGGAAAUGAUGUCCCAUUUGGCCCACCUCUAACCUUUGACAUUCUGUCCCAGGUUCUGACACUACAGAAUGAUAUUGAAAACUUAACAGCUGAAUACCAAAAUGAUACAGUGAUGCUGAAAGACAUCUGCUUGGCUCCUCUUGCACCGUAUAACAACAACUGUACAAUUCUCAGUGUUCUGAACUAUUUCCAGAACAGCUAUUCAGUCCUGAACCAUUCCAUUGGAGAUGGUUUUUAUGUGUGGGCGGACUACCACACACACUUCUUAUACUGUGUGCAAUCUCCUGCAUCACUAAAUGAUACUUCUGAUCUUCAUGAUCCGUGCCUGGGCACAUUUGGUGGGCCGAUCUUUCCAUGGCUUGUACUUGGAGGCUAUGAUGGAGAGAACUACAAUAACGCUACAGCCCUGGUCAUUACAUUCCCUGUGAACAACUUCCACAAUGACACCGAAAAGAUAAAUAAAGCAAAAGCCUGGGAGAAAGAGUUUAUUAAGUUUGUGGAAAAUUACAACAACACAAAUUUAUCAAUUGCCUUUUCUACUGAACGGAGCAUUGAGGAUGAAAUCAAUCGGGAAAGCACGAGUGAUGUAACCACAGUCCUCAUCAGCUAUGCCCUGAUGUUCGUCUACAUCUCCCUGGCCUUGGGAAACGUUGGCCAGUGCAACAGAAUCUUGGUGGACUCUAAAAUCUCACUGGGUAUUUGCGGCAUCUUGAUUGUUCUGAGUUCGGUGGCUUGUUCUCUGGGGGUCUUCAGUUAUGCUGGUGUCCCUCUCACUCUCAUAGUAAUAGAAGUCAUCCCGUUUUUGGUUCUUGCCGUAGGAGUGGAUAACAUAUACAUCAUUGUGCAGACUUUACAGAGGGAUGAACGACUUCAAGGGGAAAAACUCGAUGAACAGAUAGGAAGAGUCUUGGGAGAUGUGGCCCCAAGCAUAUUCCUUUCCUCAUUCUCAGAGACGGUGGCAUUUUUCUUAGGAGCGCUAUCAUCCAUGCCUGCCGUGCGCACCUUUUCUAUCUUUGCUGGGAUGGCUGUCUUUUUUGACUUUCUUCUCCAGAUCACAUGCUUUGUGAGCUUACUUGGCUUGGAUAUCAAGAGACAAGAGAAAAGUAGGUUAGACAUCCUCUGCUGUGUGCCAGGAUGUAAGAGAACCCGAGGGUCUGGGAAACCAAAGAGCUGGCUUUUCCUUUUCUUCAAAAAGAUUUACUCUCCAUUAAUAUUGAAAGACUGGAUGAGACCAAUAGUGGUAUCCGUCUUUGUAGGAAUGCUUUCCUUCAGUAUUGCUGUCAUUAAUAAAGUAGACGUUGGUUUGGAUCAGAAGUUGUCUAUGCCAGAUGAUUCCUAUGUGCUGAAUUAUUUUGACUCUCUGAAUAAAUACAUGCACAGUGGUCCGCCGGUGUACUUUGUGGUGAAAGAGGGGCACGAUUACAAAUCAAAGGAGGGGCAGGAUAUGGUGUGUGGCGGGGCCGGCUGCAGUAACAACUCUCUCGUACAACAGAUUUAUAAUGCAGCUCAAAUUGACUACUACACAAAGAUUGGCUAUGCCCCAUCUUCCUGGCUUGAUGAUUACUUUGACUGGGUGAAACCUCAAUCUAGUUGUUGUAGAGUGUAUAAUCAUACAGAGAAGUUCUGCAAUGCUUCAGUUGUGGAUCCAUUAUGCGUUCGAUGUCGUGAUAUGACUCCAGAAGGGAAACGCAGACCAGAGGAAGAGGAGUUUAUGAAAUUCCUGCCUAUGUUUCUUUCGGACAACCCCAAUCCUAAGUGUGGUAAAGGUGGACAUGCAGCAUACAGCUCUGCGGUAAACCUGCUCUCCAAUGACACAGACGUUGGGGCCACCUAUUUUAUGACCUAUCACACCAUUCUCCAUAACUCCUCAGACUUCAUUGAUGCUUUACGAAAAGCAAGAAUGGUUGCUACUAACAUUACAGAGAGCCUGGAUGCACCAAACAAGAACUACAGUGUCUUUGCUUACAGUGUUUUCUAUGUAUUUUAUGAACAGUAUUUAACUAUAGUGGAUGACACAGUGUUUAACCUUUGCCUGUCGCUGGUUGCCAUAUUCUUUGUGGCUGUGAUCCUGCUGGGGUUUGAAAUCUGGUCUGCUGUCCUGAUGUGUGUUACCAUAUCCAUGAUCCUUGUCAACAUGUUUGGUGUCAUGUGGCUCUGGAGCAUCAGCCUAAAUGCGGUUUCCCUGGUGAAUUUGGUCAUGUGCUGUGGUAUCUCUGUGGAGUUCUGUAGUCAUGUGACUAGGGCAUUUUCAGUGAGCACAAAGGGAAAUAGAGUGCUACGCGCUGAGGAUGCCUUGGCACACAUGGGCAGCUCGGUCUUCAGUGGAAUCACGCUGACAAAGUUUGUAGGCAUUGGCGUGCUAGGCCUUUCCAAGUCUCAGAUAUUCAAGGUCUUCUACUUCAGAAUGUACUUGUCCAUGGUACUGCUGGGAGCUGCCCAUGGCCUCAUAUUUCUGCCAGUCCUUCUCAGUUACGUAGGGCCACAAGUCAAUAAAGCUAAAGUCCAAGCCACACUGGAGAGAAUAAGAGGCACAGAACAAGAGCGACUUAUUAACCACUAGGGUGACUUAUCACUAAAUGGAAAAUUCAGUCACUGGAAAAGGGUUCUUGAGCCUAAUCGGGGCUACAUACAGCGACUCUGAAGGAACAUUGCAGCUGUCGGACUCAGGACCGUUCCCUACCAGGACCGCAGUGUUAUAGCAUAUACUUGAGGGGCUUUUCACAUGUAUAGAGAAGUUACAUUUUCUUUUUUGUUUAAUUUAUGGGGAAACCAGUUGUUUUAUAAAUGCAAAUACCAAUGCAAGUU